CUGGACAGAGAGGCUCUCAGGAGUGUGAAAGCUACGUAUAAGGAAGGAUUCAGUAGCCUUCCUUUGCCGAUUUCAAAGAGACUGAGGUCCAAAGAGGACAACCAAAGCAUGGAAACGUCAGAAGAUUCAACUAUGCCAAUCACAGAAGUAAACAUGCUGACUAGCCAGAGCUCUUCUCUAGGCAACACCACUAUUCGUCAAGCUACUCUGAGAGAACAACAUGAAAUUUGGGUUAUCACCCCCAUUCCUGUUGGAAAUGGGGCUUUCAAGGAUAACUAG